GACAGCGACUAGUGACGUCAUCACAGUUUGUGUUUAGCGAUAUAAGGAGUGAGGCGUUACGAAAUUUUAUAAACUAACUUCGUUGAAUUAGUUUAUUUCUUCUGCGUACCAAUGCUGUACUACGGUUUUUUUAGCUCUAUCCUACCAAACAAUCGUGUUAAACGUUGUCGACUAGACUAGGUUAUUAACAAAUACAAAUCGUAACGUAUUAUUUUGGCGGCAUUGCUCGAAGUCACAGAAAUAGAUUUCUUGUGCAAUAAUCUGCGUGUUUGAUGUGUUUUUCAUUGAACUUUCGACCUGCGAAAGUGAGUAAAAUAUGGUCAGUGCAAGUGUUUGAAGAUGCUAAACUAAAAUUAUAAUAUUUGUGGAACUUGGUGGUGUAACAGUUAAAAGGAUGGAGAACCCAACAGUCAGUGAAUUGAGGUCAAGGUCCCGAUCCAAAACACCCUUCUUACGCUCAAGCUGUGACCGUGAGAGCUGUACAGAGGGUGGGGAACACACCCAUCACAAAUCUGGUCGAAAAACCCCUCUAAGAAGAAGCACACCCAUCAAACAAAUCGAAAAAAUGAAGGCUGCAGAGUCCAUCCAAGUGAUACCGGAGGAUCCGCCGGCGCACCGCACGCGUCAGGCCACCCGCCAGUCUGAGCUCGUCAAGACAUCUGAUUAUUCCUCUGAGGAAAGCCUUGACAGGUUGAAAGGACAUCGGAAAGAAAUUUAUCAGAACGAGAUAAACACUCAAUAUGAGCGAGUAUCGACAAGCACCAGUUCACAACGUUACAGCACAAGCAGCACGCUCGCCGACCUCCCGUUUAGCCCCAUACAGACGAACACGUCACAUAAUGUGACGCAAGACAGGUCAACCCGCUACAGUAGUCCGGCUCACAGCGCAUGUUCGACGGACAGCUCGUUCGCGGAACAGGCGUUGGCUGAUACGAGCAUCCUCCUGGAGCGCGAGCCCACUUUAGAACACCUGCCGUUCCGCCUCUACAAGAUGGCAGGAGAAUACUGGAACAAAUACCCUAAAACGGACUACACAUAUUCGCCUCUGUCCCGCGACCGUGUGGAGCUGGCUCCAGGACAAGUCGCGGUGCCGAACAUGUCGCGUCGGUCGCUGUCGCAGUUCCGCAUACAGGGGCCCAACACUGUGGACGAGCCUGAUAUGCCCGUCAAAUCUGUUUGGAAGACUAGCACGGUCCGGAAGAGAUUUACUACGGUAGAUAGUUCGGACGAUGAGUCCGCCUACGUCCGCAACGGUGCGUACACUAAAGCGGACGACCGCUGGUGGAUCACACGGCUGCUGGCGGCCCUCGUAACCGCCGUAACCACCGCUACCAGCAACGCGUACAGGAAGGUUGCGGGGCCUUCGCACAGAUACCCGUACACUGACCGCAGACCUGCCCAGAGUGGCAUAGCAUCGCGCGCAGCGUCGGUAGCGGUGGCGCCGUUUUACUGGGUGUACACCAUCAUCAAGACCAUUGUGACCACCACAGUCACUACUAUUACUGAAACUAUAUCGCCGAGUGAGGUGAAGCAGUCUCAGGCAUACGGUGGCCGGCACAUGGAAAAAGCCACCCUCAAACGUCGCUGGUGGCCGUGGAUACUUCUGUUGCUACUACCUGCUUUCGGAUAUGGAUAUUACAUGUACAAGGACGAAAUUAUCCCAAGAGAAGAAAUAAUUGACACAUAUGAACCUCCAGCAAUAGUGCAAGAUGUGGAUUUAACCAAACGAAUAGCAGCCUUAGAAAAUUGGGCGUUGAACGUAGAUACGCGAAUCAAAUUCUUCGACCAAAAACUGUCCAAAUUAGACAACUUAGAAAUCCAAAUAGAAGAGUACUCCUUCAAGCACUUGCAACAGAAUCUCAUCCAAAUCUUAAGUGACAAUAGAAACAGUGAUGCAUUAGCGGCGAAACUUAAGAAUCACUUCGACAGAAGCUACGUUUCGAACGAUCAAAUGGAAAUACUGAGCCGUGAGGUUCAUGAGAAGCUGAUAAACUCCUGGAAACCUGGUAUUGAUGAGGAUGGGAUGAGGAGAAUCGUUCAGGAGUAUCUGUUGACGAUCGAGAAGCGACAAAUGGAGCUCAUUGUUCAGAAGGUCAAGGAGUAUGUAAGGGAGAUUGAGAUAAGACCUGUGGAGAUGAGGUCGGAUGUGGACUUUGAGGGUAUAAAGAAAAUGGUUGCUGGCAUGUUGGAGGUGUAUGACGCGGAUAAGACGGGCCUUGUGGAUUAUGCGCUGGAAUCUGCUGGUGGGCAAGUGAUAUCGACGAAAUGCACGGAGCUGUAUCAGAUCAAGACGAAGCAGUACUCUAUCCUGGGCCUGCCAGUGUGGUGGGUGUACACGUCGCCCCGCUACGCUCUCACGCCGGGCGCCAUGCCCGCCGAGUGCUGGGCCUUCCAGGGCUUCCCGGGAUACCUAGUGAUACGUACCUACGCCAUCAUCGAAGUGACUGGCUUCUCGCUGGAGCACAUGUCCCGCUUGCUCGCCGUGGAAGGGAAGAUCGAGUCUGCGCCCAAGAACUUCUCUGUUUACGGUCUACAUGGUGAAUUAGAUCCUGAGCCACAUCUGUUUGGAGAAUACAUGUACGACGCCAAUGGAACUUCCAUACAGUAUUUCCCAGUUAAAUACCCCAAAACCGUGAACAUCGACGGCGUUGAGUACCCAGUCGCUUACGACAUUUUAGAACUAAGGGUUGAGAGUAACCAUGGCAACCCUACUUACACCUGCGUCUACAGAUUCAGAGUUCACGGUAACCCACUCACAGAUAUUCGAAGCGCAACCGAAGACAGCAUAAGAGAUAGUGAGACCUAGCAGAAAUUUCUAGAAAAGUGACAUUCAACUUUGUGUAUCUGUAAAAGUGACCAGUGACAGGAAUUGAGUGACUA